AUGUCUUUUACCUCCUCCAAUCUGUUCCUACUCCCCCUCCUCCUCCUUUCCUUCUUCUUGGCCGGAGCUAUUGCCGUUGACCCUCUCUCUAGUCAAUGUUCGAGCCCGAUAUCAAACCUCACAUCUUCCUAUGAUGAUCCUAUAUACCAAACAAACUUGAACAAACUAAUGGGUUACCUCUACAUCAAGGCACCUCCCACCGGCUAUGCUAAUGCCUCAAUUGGAUCGAGCCAACACACGACUAUCCAUGGCCACGCCCUAUGCCGAGGAGAUAAGAAUGCAACAACUUGCAGGACAUGUCUUGUCGAAGCAAGCAAUCGAAUCCGCAAACUUUGCUCUUCCGACGAGUAUAAGGGAGCUGGUAUAUGGUACGACAAUUGUCUCUUGAAGUAUUCCGACAACAAUUUCUUCGGCGUCAUUGAUGAUAAAUGGAAGUUGUUCCUCAUCAACACAAUGAACGUGAGUGAUCCGGUGCUGUUCAACCGAAAGAUGAACGAUUUGCUCGGAUUGCUGUCGGACAAAGCUGCCUCUAACACGUCGAAAUUGUAUGCGGCUGGGAAUGUGGAGCUUGAUGGAUCGGGGUUGAAGAAAGUUUAUGGGUUAGUUCAGUGUACGAGAGAUCUGUCGGGAGUGAAUUGCAAGAAAUGUAUUGAUGAUGCCAUAAGCAGGCUUCCAAGCUGCUGCUAUGGAAAGGAAGGAGGAAGAGUUGUUGUAGGAAGUUGCAGCGUUCGCUAUGAGAUUUACCCUUUCUUCAAUGUUGACUUUAUAUGGUACGAUAACUGCAUGUUGAAGUACUCAAAUGAGGAUUUUUAUGGUAAAAUAGAUAAUCAGAAUAAGUUCUAUAUGUGGAACGUGAGCGUUGAUUGUAAGAAAUGUUUGGAUGGUGUCAUUGAUGAGCUUCCAAGCUGCUGUGAUGGGAAAGAAGGUGGUAGGGUUGUUGGUGCUAGUUGUAACAUAAGAUAUGAGAUUUAUCCCUUUGUCAAUGUUUAAUUAAUUAGUAAUUAAGAGAAAUAAAAAUAAAUCAUGACAAUA